GCUCAAUACGAGUGCCCCAUGGUCACAUCCCAAGGCUAAAGAGCUGGACAGCAUGACUUUCCAGCAAUUUAUCGAUCAGCAAGCAACCCUCUCGGACACCUCUCUUGUAUUGACCACAGCAUGCAAGGCCAUAUUUGCUGCAGAACCACGCGAACUCUCCUUGUUAUAUGUCGUCGCAUAUAUUGCAGCCGCUGGAAACGAAACAACUGUCGGAACCCUAGACAGAUUGAUCGCCAUCAAGGACGGUGCUCAAGAGAAACGGGUAGUGGGCGGAACCGGUCUCAUUCCGGAAACCCUAGCGAAGAAAGUCGGCAGUGAGCAUAUCGCCCUCAAUGCCGCUGUAUCAGCUAUCACCAAGACAGCCCAUGGUUACAAAGUCGUUUCUCGAGCGGGAAUGGUACAUGCGAAGGAGGUCGUACUAGCUAUGGCACCUCCGCUGCUGCGUCAAAUCACCUUCUCACCAUCACUUCCCACCAGCCGCAACCAGCUCAACCAAGAGAUGAAGAUGCCCUCGAUUGGGAAAGGCAUUCCAAUCUACACCACUCCCUUUUGGCGCCACGAUAAUCUGAGCGCACAAGUCUUUUCUGACUAUGGCUCCACCAAAGUAACCUUCGACAGCACCCCCGAGGACACCUCUUUCGGCGCAAUUCUAGGCUUCAUUCUCGGCGACGAAAUGCGUGCUCUGGAUAAACUGACCCCGGCGCAAUGCGAGGAGAAGCUUCUGGCUGAUUACAAAAGGUACUUCGGGGACAGCGCGACAAACGUGACUGAGUUUGUGCUACAGCGCUGGGACUUGGAGGAAUGGUCCAGAGGAGGUCCAGUAGCGGUUGCUCCACCCAAUGUGCUCACACAGCACGGAAGCGCGUUAAGAGCAAAGGUCGAUGGGUUGCAUUUUGCUGGUACGGAGACGAGCCCGUACUGGACUGGGUACAUGGACGGCGCUAUCCGAAGUGGAGAAAGAGUUGCUAAGGAGAUUCUAGAGCACUGAGUGUGGAGCCGGAGUUGGGGUAGUGGUGAGCG